AUGAGGGAAUUUGACCUCUCUACACGACAGUACUACAGCGACUUUACAGACCAGGAGCUGGAUGAGACAGUCCAACAAAUAAAAACUGAAAUGCCAGCAGCAGGCUACCGCAUGGUGAAAGGGAGGCUGAAGUUACUUGGAAUACAUGUGCAGUGGAGGAGAGUUGCUGCAUCAAUGCACCGAGUUGACUCACUUGGGAUUCUUUCCAGACUGACUGGAAUGGGCUGCAUUGUGCACAGAACGUACUCUGUCAGGGGGCCCCCUCCACUGUGGCAUUAUGAUACCAACCACAAACUGAUUAGGUACAACAUUGUACUUUUCGGGACAGUGGAUGUCUACUCCAGGAAGGUGAUGUGCUUGGAAACUGCUACAAAUAACCGUGCAUCCACUGCAUUUGCUGCCUUCAAAAGAGCUACUGAGAUCCAUGGCAUGCCUUCAAGGAUUGAACGCUUGUGGCGUGAUGUCAGGACAUGUGUCACAUCAAAAUAUUACCGUGAUCUCCAUAACCUUGAAACUGAUCCUCUUCUUAAUGUGUCCUCCAAAGAAGAUCUUCUUGCUGUGCACAUGGCCUUCCUUCCAAAACUGAAGGCAGACCUGGAGGCUUUUGUCGAGGCCUGGAACAACCACCUUCUCAGAAGUGAAGGGAACAAAACUCCUGAACAGCUCUGA